GAGCGGCCUGCGAGUAGCCGCGGGUCCCUAGCUCCAGAAAUGGUUGAACAACCGGAGACGGCCGUGAUUACCCCAGCCAUGCUAGAAGAGGAGGAACAGCUUGAGGCUGCUGGACUUGAGAGAGAGCGGAAGAUGCUAGAAAAGGUUCGCAUGUCUUGGGAUAGGGAGUCCACAGAAAUUCGGUAUCGUAGACUUCAACAUUUGCUUGAAAAAAGCAAUAUCUACUCCAAGUUUUUAUUGACUAAAAUGGAACAGCAACAAUUAGAGGAACAGAAGAAGAAAGAGAAAUUGGAGAGAAAAAAGGAAUCUUUAAAAGUUACAAAGGGUAAAAAUUCAGUUGGCACAAGUGAAGAGAAUCCAGUUCUGAGAAAAAAUAGAGGAAGAGAUGAUGAAUCAUACAGUAUUUCAGAGGUCAUGUCAAAAGAGGAGAUUUUGUCUGUGGCUAAAAAAAGGAAAAAGGAGAAUGAGGAUGAAAGCUCUUCCUAUACUAAUCUCUGUGUAGAAGAUCUUCAGAAAAAUAAAGAUUCAAAUAGUAUAAUUAAAGAUAGAUUGUCUCAAACUGUUAGGCAGAAUGCUAAAUUCUUUUUUGACCCAGUUCGGAAAUGUAAUGGACAGCCAAUACCCUUUCAACAACCAAAGCACUUCACAGGAGGAGUGAUGCGGUGGUACCAAGUAGAAGGCAUGGAAUGGCUUAGGAUGCUUUGGGAAAACGGAAUUAAUGGCAUUUUAGCGGAUGAAAUGGGACUGGGAAAGACAGUUCAGUGUAUUGCUACAAUUGCAUUGAUGAUUCAGAGAGGAGUACCUGGACCUUUUCUUGUCUGUGGCCCUUUGUCUACACUUCCUAACUGGAUUGCUGAGUUCAAAAGAUUUACACCAGAAAUUCCUACUAUGUUAUAUCAUGGAACCCAGCAGGAACGUCGAAAAUUGGUAAGGAAUAUUUACAAACGGAAAGGUGCACUGCAGAUUCAUCCUGUGGUAAUCACAUCAUUUGAAAUAGCCAUGAGAGACCGAAAUGCGUUACAGCAUUGCUAUUGGAAAUACUUAAUAGUAGAUGAAGGACACAGGAUUAAGAAUAUGAAGUGCCGUCUAAUCAGGGAGUUAAAACGAUUCAAUGCUGAUAACAAACUUCUUUUGACUGGUACUCCCUUGCAAAACAAUUUAUCAGAACUUUGGUCAUUGCUAAACUUUUUGUUGCCAGAUGUAUUUGAUGACUUGAAAAGCUUUGAGUCUUGGUUUGAUAUCACUAGUCUUUCUGAAACUGCUGAAGAUAUUAUUGCUAAAGAAAGAGAACAGAACGUAUUGCAUAUGCUGCACCAGAUUCUAACACCUUUCUUACUGAGAAGACUGAAAUCUGAUGUUGCUCUUGAAGUUCCUCCUAAACGAGAAGUAGUCGUUUAUGCACCACUUUCAAAGAAACAAGAGAUCUUUUAUACAGCCAUUGUGAACCGUACAAUUGCAAACAUGUUUGGAUCCAGUGAGAAAGAAACAGUUGAGCUAAGUCCUACUGGACGACCAAAACGGCGAACUAGAAAAUCAAUAAAUUACAGCAAAAUAGAUGAUUUCCCUAAUGAGUUGGAAAAAUUGAUCAGUCAAAUACAACCAGAGGUGGAUCGAGAAAGAACUAUUGUGGAAGUAAAUAUCCCUGUAGAAUCUGAAAUUAAUCUGAAGCUGCAGAAUAUAAUGAUGCUACUUCGUAAAUGCUGUAAUCAUCCAUAUUUGAUUGAGUAUCCUAUAGACCCUGUCACACAAGAGUUUAAGAUUGAUGAAGAAUUGGUAACAAAUUCUGGAAAAUUCUUAAUUUUGGAUCGAAUGCUGCCAGAACUAAAAAAGAGAGGCCAUAAGGUGCUGUUUUUUUCACAAAUGACAAGGAUGUUGGACAUUUUAAUGGAUUACUGCCAUCUUAGAAAUUUCAACUUUAGCAGGCUUGAUGGCUCCAUGUCUUACUCGGAGAGAGAAAAAAAUAUGCGCAACUUCAACACAGAUCCAGAUGUGUUUAUUUUUUUAGUGAGUACAAGAGCUGGUGGCCUGGGCAUUAAUUUGACUGCAGCAGAUACAGUUAUCAUUUAUGAUAGUGAUUGGAAUCCCCAGUCUGAUCUUCAGGCCCAGGAUAGAUGUCAUAGAAUUGGUCAGACAAAGCCAGUUGUUGUAUAUCGUCUUGUUACAGCAAAUACCAUUGAUCAGAAAAUUGUGGAAAGAGCAGCUGCUAAAAGAAAACUGGAAAAGUUGAUCAUCCACAAAAGUCAUUUCAAAGGUGGUCAGUCUAGAAUAAAUCAAUCUAAGAAUUUCUUAGAUCCUAAGGAAUUAAUGGAAUUAUUAAAAUCUAGAGAUUAUGAAAGGGAAGUAAAAGGAUCAAGAGAGAAGGUCAUUAGCGAUAAAGAUCUAGAGUUGUUGUUAGAUCGAAGUGAUCUCAUUGAUCAAAUGAAUGCCUCGGGACCAAAAGAAAAGAUGGGGAUAUUCAAGAUACUUGAAAAUUCUGAAGAUUCCAGUCCUGAAUGUUUGUUUUAA